AUGAUAGAUUUUUCUUCCUUUUCCCACCUAUCCAAAUGGAUCUUCAAGCAAGAAAGUGAAAUUGAGAGCAUCCGAAGUGGCGUUAGGGAUAAAGCCCUAGGUUUAAUUUCCAAUAUCGUUGGCCCUGAUCAUGUACCGUGUUUGGAAGAUGAGAAGUGGAUGAUAAGUUACUUCGCCUACCAAUUAACUAGGAUAUCCAAAGCUAAAUAUGUAAAACAUGUAGUAUUGGAGUCUGCGCUUGCAAUCUUCAACAGAUUUUACAUUAAGAGGUCGGCACUGGAGUACGACCCAAGAUACGUGAUAUUCACCUGCUUAUCGUUGGCUCUAAAGGCAGAGGAUUGCUGGAAGGCAUUCACUGUGAGGGAUUUACUAGGAGACCUGCCUGAAUUGGAUCCCGAAAAAGUGUUUGAACUGGAACCAAAAGUAUGCGAUGGUAUCGACUUUUCUCUCUUCAUAUUUCAUUCAAGAGAUUCCAUAUAUUGGCUAAAACAAGAGUGCGGAAGGUACUUGGGCCCAAAUUUUGGAUCGGACACCAACACUGAAUCGUUCAACAUUACAAAAGAAAUUGCAAUAGCGGCACAAUUUGACUGCAUUUACAUGUAUGAAUGCCCAGAAAUUCUUCUCUUAUAUACACCCGCGCAAAUUGCGCUUGCGGCCUUUUACCAACAGUGCUCAGUGCAAUACGCCACCGUGCUAUCCGUAGACCAAUUCAUGCAACGCAGGAUUUUUAACAACGAUACUGAGAGAUGGGAGUCAGCUAAGAUUAUUAUUUGCAAGAUACAAACUGCGUACGACAGUUACAAGCCAUACCGAAAGGAGAUUAUGUCAAAAGAGGGGAGAGAUCGCACGGACGCUAUUUUGGAGCGUUUUGUGGCGAUUUACGAGAAGACCAAAUGCAAUAUGAACGUGGACUGA